UUUUUCGUCACUGCUUCCCCAUACCACUCAACGUUCCCCAACAAUCACCCACAUCGCAUUCAAAAACCCGCGCCCGCCCACAGACCGGCACUUGGCCUUGCCUAUCAAGGAAGACAACACACCGCACCACAACAUACGAACCAACACCCAACAACACUUGCUCCGAUCUCCACACCAACACUCUGGUCCGGUCUACAAUUCCAUCGUCAAAAAAAACGAGCGAGGAGGAAGUAGAGGGAUUUUUUUGUCAAGAACGUUUGGCGAACUUUUCCCCUUAUAUUUCUUCUACUCCUGCAGCUGCACGCAAGCGAGCGCAACAGCUCAAUCGGAAGAUUACCAGCCACAAUAUCUCCAGGACGUUAAUUGGGACAACUAGGUCCCAAGCGGAGGUGGACCACAUGCAACGCGUACAGUCAGCAGUAGAUUUUUCCAAUCUGCUGAAUCCAUCCGAAUCAACGGCCGAGAAGAGAGAUCACAGCGGCUCCCCAAGACAACAAACCGCACAACCACAGCAGCAGCAGCAACAACCACAGCCCGAAGCAGAUAUGGCGACAGUCGGCUUGUUGCGCCCCAACGGGCCCCUGCCCGGUGCCCAACCUACUGAGCCCGCUAACGAGCUCCCACGGCCUUACAAGUGCCCUCUGUGCGACAAGGCUUUCCACCGCCUGGAGCAUCAGACAAGACACAUUCGCACCCACACAGGAGAGAAGCCGCACGCGUGCCAGUUCCCGGGGUGUAGCAAGAAGUUCUCGCGUUCGGACGAGCUGACUCGGCACUCGAGGAUACACAGCAAUCCCAACUCGCGGAGGGGAAACAAGGGCCAGCAGCAGCAGCAGCAUCCCCUUGUCCACAACCACGGGCUGCAGCCCGACAUGAUGCCUCCUCCCGGCCCCAAGGCUAUCCGCUCUGCUCCCCCUACUGCCAUGUCCUCUCCCAACGUGUCACCCCCUCACUCUUACAGCCCUUAUAACUUUGCUCCCUCGGGCCUCAACCCCUAUAGCCAUUCCCGUAGCUCCGCGGGCAGCCAAAGUGGUCCUGAUAUCUCGCUCCUCGCGAGGGCCGCCGGACAGGUUGAGCGGGACGGCGCCGCUCAUCAUCACUUUCAGCCACGAUUCCAGUUCUACGGAAACACUCUGCAUGCCGCCACGGCUUCCAGGAAUCAGCUCCCUGGGCUCCAGGCCUAUCACAUGUCCAGGUCGCACUCCCACGAGGAUCACGAUGACCACUAUGGCCAGUCUUACAGGCAUGCCAAGAGGUCGAGGCCCAACUCGCCCAACUCGACAGCACCUUCUUCCCCGACAUUCUCUCACGACUCGCUAUCGCCUACUCCCGAUCACACUCCACUUGCUACUCCUGCUCACUCGCCUCGUCUGCGCCCUCAUCCUGGCCUUGAGCUGCCCCCUUUCAGGAAUCUUUCCUUGGGCCAACAGCACACAACGCCUGCGCUGGCUCCUCUCGAGCCCGCUCUUGAUGGGCAGUUCUCGCUUCCCCAGACUCCCCCCGCUGCGCCCAGGAGCAGUGGCAUGUCCUUGACCGACAUCAUCAGCCGACCUGAUGGCACUCAAAGGAAACUACCCGUGCCCAAGGUUGCUGUCCAGGAUCUGCUUGGACCCGCCGAUGGGUUCAACCCAAGUGUCAGGAACUCUUCUUCUACCAGCCUCUCUGGGGCGGAGAUGAUGGACCGGUUGUAAAGCAACAUCAGUGGACAAACUUGACUUUUGAAACUUGCUCGAUAACGACGAAUGAUCAAAACUAGCGGGAACUAGCGGGACGAUAUAGA